AUGGCUCCACAUAACCUCCCACGCGACGUGUUUGACAUCGAAGACGCGUUGGUGACGGACGCUAAUCCAGCACUUGACGACUACUCUCUCGACUAUGAGCGCUGUGCGAGGCUACAUAAUUACCUGGUCGCAUAUGGCUGGAUGGUUCGGCAUGAGUGGAAGAGGCCGGACUUAGAUGAGCUGGCGAAUCGCCCUCACCGUUUCUGCCAGGAAUUUGAGGCUAUACGCGACCGCCUCCACCCUUCCUUGAACUUUUUCUUGGAAUUGAUAUACGAACCUACUCAGGCUGUAUUUUAUUGGGUGGAGAAUUUGGCUAUGCAGCUCUUCGACGAGUACAUCCUUGAACUGUAUGACGAGAAUGGUCUUGAGGAUAUGGAACGCUUUGUCGUGAUUUAUGGCACUGUAGCGGAGCUCGGUUCGCAUUGUGUUGGAGUGAUCUAUGACCAGGAGCUCCACCGGGCUGCAUUCCCACCGACACUGGAGAAUUUCGACAGUGUAUUCCCCAUGGAGGAGCACUGGGAAAUGUGGUGGCCAUUAGAGACUAUUCUGACUCACUGGAUUCAACUGAUCAGAAUGGGAAAAGUAAUUGCCCAUGGGGACGAAAAUCAAACACCAGAGAAAGUGCGAUUGUCCAGAUCUCAAAUCGGACCAUGGUCAUGGCAUUCCUACUGUCCUGAGCAGGUCAAUGGCACUGUCGCUGCAAUUGAUAGAUACACGGCCGCCAUUGAAGCCAGAAUGCCGCGUGGGUCGCUUUUACGUCUGUCUCGAGACGCCCCCCUUUUCACAAACGCAGACCUCGAUACUGCAUAUAUCCCAAAUGAGUGUUUUAUCCGCUCCGUAUUAACGAGAACAAUGACGCCACGGUUCAACAGCAUCGCGCCUGGCCUAGCAGUCCCGCACGACACCGCAGCAUUCAUAGAUCGGCAAAAAUUCACCACCAUUCCUCGGGAUAAUAUUGGCGGUGAAAAAAUACCGCCUGUGUUGAUUUUCCUACAUACAGAUAAUAGCCAAGCGGUAACUUUCAACGAAGAGAUCCGGUGGCUAUUCCUGCCUUUUACAAGAAGUGAAGAAAUUCCCUUCGACAACCAGGAUCUCAUUCCCGCGGGACUAUACAGUGAAUCUGUCUGUCGAGACGAGUAUGAUCAAGAAGAAGGCGGUUUCCGUCUGCUACUACCAGGUGGACUGCAGUCCACCCAUAGGGAUGAGGAAGGUGCGAGGACGAGCGAUGGGAGGCUACUCACCUCGGGUUCUUUCACAGUACUAUUCCAGCAUGGUAUCCACCAUCCAUUUGGGGGUGAGCGAAGGUCUCAAAGACUGGGAAGACUUAUAAAUCGAUGGACAGAACUAGUAGAGAGCGGCGUGUGGAGAGUGGGAGCAGACGGCGUCGAUGAAAGCAUUGAAAAGUUUCAAGACGCUGAUCGAGGUUCGUGGAAAGAUUAUUGGAUCGAACCUUCGUGGUAA